AUGUCGCUGGCCGACUCUUGCUGCACAUGCGCAACACUUCUCAGCGAUGUAAAGGUCCCUUACGACCCCGAUUCUGAGAAACCCCUGCUGUACAAUCGACGACUCGACUGCUGUUCGCGCUACAUCUGCGCCAGCUGUCAAUCUAAGAAUCCGCGGUUUCAAGAUUACUGCCCGUUCUGUCAGAUAUCCUCCGGUCCUUCAGCCUUGCCCAGAGAAGGGCUUCGACUACCUCCGUCCUACACAAAAACUCCGCAUGCACGGAAUGCUUCAAGGACGGAAUCGCCACCACCAUCGUAUGACGACUUGCUAACGCCCAGGCGGGUGCCGGAGCAAAGCACAGAGCCUCCAGCUGACACUGAAGACACUGUCCACUUCGUCGGCUCGGACGACUCGUUGCAGGCUCUUUCCCUCGCAUACGCAGUGCCGAUCCCGAUACUGCGUAGGCACAACCACCUCUACUCGGAUCAACUACUCCAGGCUCGAAAAUGGAUCCUAAUCCCCCGAUCACAUUACAACGGGCCCCCGCUUUCGACCCCACCCGACCCUGCUGAGGAGGAGAGAAAGACCAAAUUGCGCAGGUGGAUGGUUGCUACCAAAUGCGCGGAUUACAACGUGGCCCAACUGUACCUCAAAGGCAGUGAUUACAACUUGGAGAUCGCCGUGGAGGCCUUCAAGGCGGACGAGGAAUGGGAGAAGAAUCACCCGCUAGAAGGGAAGGGCAAGGAUAAACCAAAACCAAGAAGCCGCUUUGGAAGAGGUGGGAGUUUAUCGGGUCAGCUGUCAUGA